AUGAAAAUAGGUGACUUAACUGAACACGAAAUCUCGAGCAUCGUCGGAGGCUUUCGAUAUUUUGAUCGAAGGAAUACCGGAUUUAUUGCAAGAAGCCAAUUUGGAACUGCCCUACGAUGGCUAAAAUUGAUCCCUUCAGAAGCACAAAUCGAAGCAUUGUUAAAAGUUGUGGAUCCGAACAAUAGCGGGCAGGUCUCUUUGGAAAUGUUUUUGGCC